AUGCUUCGCCUCUUCAAGUCGUCACAACUGCACUCCGUGCCAAGUCUAUCCCCAACCUCAGCAGCAGCAGCAGCAGCAGCAGCAGCGACGGCAACAUCUCGUAUCGCCAUCACGCCCCUUGCGCGCGCCAUGUCCUCGUCCACCCAGAAGCCUCGCUUCUCCGAGGGGACGGAAGAGGCAUCUGCCUCUUCGUCCCUGGACAGUCUCCUAAGUGGACACUGGACACUCACGAAUGAGGGCGAAGCUCUGGAGCGUAGUUUUAAAUUCAAGACGUUUGCCAAGACAUGGGUCUACAAUACAGCCUUUAUUCGAUGGACUACGCAUCACCCCAAGGGCCUGUCGACCAAGGACCUGGAGUUGGCUGCCGCGUGUGAUUCUAUCGCCAGGGACUUUGGAGAGCUGGAGCCCGAGCCUGUAAGCUGCGAGGUGCGCUCUGUGGCCGAUAGGGCUACCACUUCAGCCGGGGAUUGCUGCAUUCCCAAGAAGAGCGGCUGA